AAGCCUUCCAUUCAGCAGGCUAUCUGGCAGAACAUUCGAAAAUUCACAAUAGGGACCAACAGUAUCAGUGUCCCUAUUGUUCCUUAAAAUUCACAACGUCAUCUACCCUAAAGAUUCAUAUCCGCACUCACACCGGUGAAAGGCCAUACAAGUGUAAAGUCUGUGACAAAGCCUUCUGUGCAUCAUACGUUCUGGUACUUCAUUCAAAAAUUCACAAUAAAGACCAACAACACAAGUGUCCACAUUGUUCAUCAAUGUUCGCGCAGUCAUCUAAGCUAAAGGAUCAUAUCCGCACUCACACCGGCGAAAAGCCAUACAAGUGUAAAAUCUGUGACAAAUCCUUCUAUUCAUCAAGCAGUCUGGCAGAACAUUCGAAAAUUCACAAUAAGGACCAACAGUAUCAGUGCCAUCAUUGUUCAGCAAUGUUCGCGAAGUCAUUUAGGCUAAAGAUUCAUAUCCGCACUCAUACCGGCGAAAAGCCAUACCAGUGUAAAGUCUGUGACAAAGCCUUCCAUGAGUCAAGCCAUCUGAGAGAACAUUCGAAGAUACACAACAAGGACCAACAGUAUCAGUGUCCGCAUUGUUCAUCAAUGUUCGCACACUCAUCUAACCUACAGAAACAUAUCCGCACUCACACCGGCGAAAGGCCCUACAAGUGUAAAGUCUGUGACAAAGCGUUCAGCCAAUCAAGCGAUCUAGUACGUCACUCCAAAAUACACAAUAAGGACCAACAUCAUCAGUGUCCGCAUUGUUCAUCAAUGUUCGCGCACUUAUCUAGCCUAGAGAUUCAUAUCCGCACUCACACCGGCGAAAAGCCAUAUCAGUGUAAAGUCUGCGACAAAGCCUUCCAUUCACCAGGCAAUCUGAGACAACAUUCGAAAGUUCACAAUGAGGACCAACUGCAUCAGUGUCCGCAUUGUUCAUCAAGGUUCGCACAGCGAUCUAAGCUAAAGAUUCAUAUCCGCACUCACACUGGCGAAAAGCCAUACAAGUGUAAGUUCUGUGACAAAGCGUUUAGCCAAUCAGGCAAUCUGGCAGGACAUUUGAAAAUUCACACGAAGGGUAAAACUCAUUAAUCAUUUCAUUU